GUGACGAACAGUACGCCAGCUAGUGUCCAGAUAAACGCGCCGAAGGUUGAAAUGCAGCGCAGCUCAACGGAGGGACCCAGUCAGUAUUCGCACUGCUUCAGUAGCGAUAGGACUCAAGAGGCACAUUUGAUCAGCAAAGGGGGGAGAUAUGGAAAGGCAAAACAACACGAGUAUUAAAGAGAGGUUUGCUCUGAGGAAUAGCCUGGUGAAGGAAGCCCUAGCAGAAUUCCUUGGGACAUUUCUGCUAAUUCUUUUUGGAGUCGGGUCGGUUGCCCAGGCUGUCCUAAGCAGAGGUUCAAUGGGAGAUCCACUCACCAUACACAUUGGCUUUACACUCGCAGUCACCAUGGCUGUGUAUGUGGCGGGAGGAGUUUCAGGUGCUCACAUAAACCCUGCUGUCUCUCUGGCGAUGUGUGUGCUGGGGAAGCUGAGCCUCUGCAAAUUCCCAGUCUACGUCGUGUCUCAGUUCCUUGGUGCUUUUAUUGGCGCCGCAGCAGUCUAUGGACUUUAUUAUGAUGCCUUCCUGGAUUAUACAGGUGGAGUGCUGACAGUUACUGGCCCCAAUGCAACAGCACACAUUUUUUCAUCCUACCCUGGCAAACAUCUUUCAAUCUUAAAUGGAUUUAUAGAUCAGGUUAUAGGAACUGGUGCAUUGCUCCUCUGCAUCCUUGCCAUCUUGGACAACAAGAACAAGGGCGCCCCGAAAGGAAUGGAGCCCUUGGUGAUUGGUCUCAUCAUCAUGGUUAUCGGGGUCUCCAUGGGCCUGAACUGCGGCUACCCGAUUAAUCCAGCACGUGAUCUCAGUCCAAGGCUCUUCACCGCCAUGGCAGGGUGGGGCACUGAAGUUUUCAGCGCUGGAAACCACUGGUGGUGGAUUCCUGUGGCUGGACCGCUGGUUGGAGGGAUGGUCGGAGCUGUGAUCUACGUGCUCUUCAUCGAGCUUCACCACACAGACCCUCAGAAGACUCCAGAAGAAGAAAACAGCAUGAAGGAUAAAUAUGAAAUGAUUACAAUGAGCUAAACUCCACAGACACCAAGAUUAGACCCAAGGAAAAUUCAACAGUGACAAUCAUAACAAACAGGUUCAUCCUCAUCUGAGGAGUGUCCCCUAACAUUUUCCAUCAAGUCUGGGUAUAACAUUCCCUUUAUCCUGCUCCCAGAGACACUUGGGGUGAAAAAGGGAGUUCUACUGAUUUAUCUGCCAAAAUAUUAGUUGCAGCAGCUUGAUUGGACAGAUCUAGUGAGCGAGUUGGUCUGUGCAUUAAGAGCCCCUGGCCGAUGCUCUUAGUUGCUGAUCUCUCUGCAUUGUUGGAGGGGAACAAUGUCAUCAGAGUUGAGGUCAAUUCCCUUUUAAUUUGACAUAGGCUUUAUUGAGCAAACAUACAUACAACUUGACAAACACAUGCGCAACUUGUCAACAGCACAUGGAAUUACACAGUUGUGUGUGUUUUCUCAAUAAAGCCUCUGUCGUAAAUGGAAUUGGAAUUGAUUCAUAGGGAAUUUACCCCAACUCUGAAUGUCCUCAUUCCUAUCAGCAUUGCAGGCUGAACAGCAUCUGCCAACACAGUCCAGUAUCACUGGCUCCCAGACAGGCACUGUCUGGUCGCUGUAUCUCAGCUGUUAUCGCUGCAAAGGUUGCCCACCUUGGUAAUAGUGAGUAGCACAAGGUGUUCAUUUUUUGGCAGGUGAGUCAGUGUAUAUACAGCCUACAAUUUUCUGUUUUUAUUGCAAUAUAUUAAUUAUUUCACUGCUUCUGCUGUAUUUAUUUGAAGAAAUAUUGAAGGAAUAAUCCAGUCUUUUAGAUGUUAGUGAUUAUCAGUAGAAAUGGGCUGUCAGUUUCUUUUUUGUAAUAGCACUUUAAAUUAAAAAAAAAAUAGCUAUUUUUAAUAAAUUAAAAAAUUUGCUGUGUAUUAUAAUCUGCUUUAUUAAGUAACUUAAAAAUACAGUGUCACUCGUGGUUUAAACAGUUGUUGCAUAUUAAAGUUGAAAAUAUAAAAUCUAAGGUUGUUCCUAUAAAAUGUGUUUAGUAUAACAAUUUGAGGCACGCUGACUAGUGGCAGGUUUCAAAGGGUGGGGAAGCUGGUGCAGCUCAUCCCUUGUAAGCAAACUGUCAGCAGUGUGUGAUUGCUGCUGCACAGAAGGCUAAGACUGGAAGAAUGCAGUAAACAAAACCAGGGAAUUAUAUCUUAGUCUUGAACUGCAGCUUUAUAUCGAUGGCCCUCGCCCAAGCUCAUUGUCUGGCAACAAGCACCGUGUGAAGAAUACAGCAGGGGAGCCAGCUGAUGUAAAGUUGAUUUACAGAUACAAGUCCAGGGUAUUAAAUCAGUGUGACAGCUUAAAAGAAUGGCUGGCUUUAUAAUGCCACUCCUUAAUGGAAGGUACACAUUUUAUAUAUGACUACUCUAGUUUGGUUUGCAUGUUUUGUUUUUUAAAGGAGUGAGCACAAAUGUGUGCUUGCCAUUUUCUGUUACAAAGAAAUGUUAAAUUUAAAUUGUAUAUUAGCAUACAAGGUAUAGAUUUUUUUAAAACAUAUUUUAAUGAUUUUUUUUUCAUAUUGUGCUGUGUAUAUUGAUAAAAAAGAGUGUUUUUCAGGUGAUGUAUAAAUAUUAUUAAGUAGAAUGCAUGUUUUAAAAGAUACUGUGUGAUUUUGUACAAUGCACCCAUCUUUCUUUGUGCACUAUAAUCUGAGUUGUGCCAUUCAGAACAAGAAGCACUUCCUUUCUAUUUGUGUACGUUACUGUCAUUGUCUUAUUUAUAUACACACACACACGCACUAUAUUUCUAUUUGAUUAUUCCAGAUAUCCAGUCUAUUUCUUGUUUCAUCAAAACCCAUGGUCCCAAAGAUAGAUAGGCUGUACUUUUGUAAGACAAUUAUAUUAUAUAUUAUUAUAAUAAAAUGA